CAUGAUUGUGCUGGCGGUUAUCGUGGGAUUAAUUUUCUGUCUGCUGUAUCUAAGCCAGAGGCGAAGAUACAAGUUUGCUGACAGUUUACCGCAGUUGAAACAGCACUAUCCAGUGCUGGGGAAUGGGGCAAUGAUGUUCGGCAAGGACGAUGUGCAACGGUUCGCCAUAUUGGUGAAGAUAUUCCACGAUCACGAUCGGCUAGUGAGGGUAUGGGCCGGUCCGAAGAUGUUACUUUUCACAUGCCAUCCGGAUCUGGUGCAACAGAUAUUGACGAGUUCGGUGUGUCUGGAAAAGCCGUUUCUGUAUAGUUUCGCUGGCUUUGAGCAUGGAUUGUUCACCUCGAAAUACAAAUUAUGGCGCACGACCCGGAAGCGUCUCAACUCGAGCUUCAACUUGCGCAUUCUGCACGGCUUCAUUCCCAUAUUUGUCCAGUGCGCCCGGAAAAUGGUGGACAACCUGAACGAAAACCCGGACGGAGCGACCGUCAGUAUGCACAAGUACACCUCGGUCUGCACGCUGGAGAUGGCCUGCGGGACGACUCUGGGCAGUGACAUCACCAAACGGGAAGGCAAGGAGGAAUUUGUUGAUGGGCUAGAUAUAGCUUUCGGCGAAGCGGCCCGAAGAAUGGUUAGCGUUCAUCUUUAUCCGAAUAUCGUGUACCGGCUGACCAAAUACCACUACGAGCUGCUGCAUGCCAGGAAGGUUGUGUGUGACUUUUUCAAUCGACUUGUGACUGAAAGACGCGUCACAUUAGGCUUAUGCAACAACAGCAAAACAAUUGAGGAAGUGGACGAGGAUCACAAGCCAAAGAUUCUGAUCGACAAACUGCUGAGCGUCUCCCAGGAUGGCAAAAACUUCAGUGAAACGGAAAUCAAUGACAAUAUCUAUGCAGUCAUCACAGGGGCCAACGACACAUCCGGGCUGCUGAUAGCUCACGCUUGCCUGUUCCUGUGCUUCUACAAGGACAUUGAGGAAAAGUUGUACACCGAAAUCAUGGAAUUCAUGCCGACCGAAGAGGCGGAUAUCAAUCCGGACAGUCUGAAGCAGUUGGUAUACAUGGAGAAGUUUCUGAAGGAGUGCCUACGCCACUGUCCGGUGGCACCGAACAUCUCCCGGGAAAACAUGGCCGAGAUCGAAAUCGACGGCGUCAAGGUGCCUCCCGGGAACAUUUUCGUGAUGAACUUUUACGCGUUGCACCGCCGGAAGGACCUGUGGGGCCCGGAUGCGGAAAAGUUCGACCCGGAACAGUUCUCCGAAGAGCGCUCGCAAAAUCGACACCCAUUUGCGUACCUGCCAUUCAGCGGCGGAAACCGGAUAUGCAUCGGAUGGCGAUAUGCGAUGCUCAGCAUGAAGGUCAUGCUGAUUUAUUUGAUUAGGAAUUUCCAGUUCGAAACGAAGAUUCGACCGGAGGAUGUACGCUACCGGCACGAUUUGACGAUGAAGCUUCCCUUUGAUCACAUGAUUAAAGUGACGAAGAGGUGCACGGGUUCGAUGAAUGUCACCGGUGAUAUUUUGCGAGCGGCACCGGUGCAGAAGGCGGGUAGAGACUAGUAAUUUUAUUAAUAUUUCUUAGAAGGAAUGGUUCUGUUAGGUGUUAAUAUUUACAUAUUUAAGGUAAUUUCUUCAUCCUUGCAGUAAUUAAACCAUAAAUGUACAAAGUGAACGAUUCCUACUAUGUUUAAUUAGCGCUUCGAUUUUAGCUGCUUUGUCUCCAAAUCACGUGCACAGUGGUCCUGGAAAUUAGGAGAAAAUUAAUAUUUUGACCCAAAAUUUGAAUAAGGCUUUUAUUUUGAUGAAAGUAGCAAACAAAAAUAGAAGAAUCAUUCGAUAUAAACAGAGCUGAAAAAGUUAAAUUUUUAUACAUAUUUGUAAUUGACUGUUUCUCACA